CGCAUCGGAAGUGGCCUGCAAAAUGAUUCAAGGCUGUCGAAUCGACCUCCAUACAAUGAAUCGCGGGAGUACUCAGACGCGUAACCCUUGAGUGGGUCUUGGCUACAGUCAUGUCAGGUUUCCAUGGCCCAGUUCCAAGUUUUGCAGGGCUGGGUGGGGGUCCCUUACGACGAAAGUCGUUGAGACGUGACCUGUCUCACCUCGCACUCUCGGACAGCGCAUGCCAUUUGUCUGGAUCUAACAGUUUCCAAAGUUCCAUCUUUCGAGAAGACUUAUUUCUUAUUUAACAACAUUCCAUAGAAACACGAUCAACAUCAUGGCGACCGAAGACACAGUACAGCUAAGCGAAGCACAUGCGCCGCAGCAAGCUUCCAUCGAUGCCUUCAAUUCAAUCCUCGAGUCAGUAAAGGAGGGGCUCAUCAAGCUCCGCCGCGACCACGACAAACACGAGCCUGAAUACUUCCGCGCUGUCCAAGGCGUCUCUGACGCCGAACUGGCCUCCAUCUCUACGAGCGAUCUCGACUCCGUCCGCGUGGCUACCUCAGCAUACGGCCUGCAUCUCUUUGCCAAAGUCAAGUUGCCCGCUGCGAACAAUGCAUAUAUCCAUGUUCGCGUAUUUGGUUCUGCCAAGGACGGCACAGAUGGUAGCAGCCUAGACGAGAGAGAGUAUACACUGCACAGUAUUCAUACGGAGGAGGUAAUCAAGGAUGAUGGAGAUCGAGUAUAUAGGGCCAUAUUCGGGAAGGACGAUGCGCUUGAAUGGUUCGACACGUAAGCGUGUUGUGCGACUGUAGGUUCGUAGGCUACUCGCCUAACCUAUAGUAAUCAAAGUCUUGUAGUACUCGUGGCCUUUGCAACUGAUUAAAGUACCUGUCAUAGGUUGAGUGCCAUUUCAAAUGGAGGAGCUGACCGCUAUGGAACUACACAUUAGGUAUGUCAUGUUCGCCAAACCCCGAAUCUAAAAAAUCACAGCUACGUUGAAUCGCGAGCAUCGCCAACGUGGCUGCUUCGACAGGCACCUGCUUCACUGCCUCGAGAUGCAAUAACGUCUCUCGCCUGUCCUGUC